AUGGAUUCCACAGAAAAUCCUUUCCAAAUGGACGAGGAGUUGUCAUUUUCCGAAAUGACGCCUCAGGAUUUGGAUACAGGGCGACUUGAUCUUGGAAAGACCGUAUCCCCGCGCCCCAGUGAGCCACACCAAACAUCUAAGCAGAAUACAAUAGUGAAUGAGUCUAAGCUUCUACGAUCCCGAAUAGACCACAUUAAGCUAGAGGAUGGCGCUGGUACUACCACAGAAGAGGACGAAACUGCCUAUGAUGAAGAUAUUGAUGAUAAGUUUGACAAAGAGGCCGCUGCAAAAUUGGAAGCACAAUUCUACGCUUCCCAAGAUGGUUCUUCCCAUCCUCUUUCACCGCCAGAGAACUUUGCACCCGUAAUCAACAAUAUAUACCGGUCAUCUUUCCCACAGCCGCCUAGUUUUGCGUUUCUCAAGACUUUGAACCUCAAAUCCGUGCUUUGUCUUAUUCCAGAAGAAUACCCACAGACACAUACGGAUUUUUUCGCCCGAGAGGGAAUACAACUUUUUCAACUAGGCAUGUCGGGAAACAAAGAGCCGUUUGUUAUAAUCUCGAGUGAUUUGAUUACGGAAGCAGCAAAAAUUGUUCUCAACCCCGCCAAUCAACCCAUUCUCAUCCAUUGCAACCGUGGAAAGCAUAGAACAGGCUGUCUUGUGGGGAUAUUGCGGCGACUUCAAGGCUGGUCGUUGACAAUAAUAUUCGAUGAGUACCGUAAAUUUGCGGCACCUAAGGAAAGACCCAUGGACCAACAGUUUAUAGAGCUCUACGACGAGACAAAUUUAGUGAAAUAUGCGGAGGACAACAACUUCGUGCCAUUAAAUUGGGACUGA